AUGCAACAAACCCAACGUUAUAUACCGUCUGUAUCUGAUUUAUAUGGAACGGACGAGAUAGAACUUCUACUGGACGAAAUACGCGAAUUGGAACCGGUCUGCUGUCAGCUGGACGAUGAACAGGAUUUUGAAAUAGCUGGCAGCAGAGCUGGUGAGCUGUCACUAUCCUUAGAAUCGCCGCUGGGCACGUGCACGUCGUGGGACUCGCACGCCAAUUAUAAACAGCGCAGCGGCCAAACGCCACUGCCAUGGGGCGUAGCCCUACACUGUGAUCCGCAACACUUGAAAACGCCUACAGGGAUUGUGAGAAUUCUUUUGGUGUUAUCGUCAGCCGCUUGUCUAGCCUGCGAAUGCUCCGCCGGCACGGUACAAGUAGGCCUCUUUUUACUGCCACUCAUCGGACGCUUGAGAUUAAUGGUCUUCUGUGCGAUCUUCUCCUUACUAAUCACCUGUCUAAUGUUAUUUCUAGACAUUUCACAUAUAGCACUCAUGUUCCCAUUCAAUUGGACUAAAGUUAAUACAUGGAUGUACCUGAGCAUUGGUUUGAUAUUGAUUUUGAGCUCGACGCUGGUAAUGCAUAUGGUGCUUUAUGCCGAAGAGUACAUUGCGGUCAACAGGCACACCAAGGAUACACUAUUUACUUCGGCGAUUAUCGGUUACAUUUGCGCCAUUGAAUCAUUUAUAUUGGCUGGUAUUGCCUCAUGGCCAUGGACGCAAUAUUACCGUCGAGUGCCCAACGAUGGCAGCGAAAUGUACAUCGAAGAUCGUGAAAUGACACCAAUGAGUCCAAUCGAGAGUACAGAUGUGCCGAAUAUACACCAUCAAACACAGCAUAACAAUCGAAAUACUAGCAUUGCACACAGCGAAUCAAAUCACAAUAAUCAGCAACAGCAACCACAGCAACAACAACAACAACAAUACAAUCGAAUAUCAUCGUCGUCGUCCUAUAAUCAAAAGCCUUAUAUACCUGCCAAACGACCCAAUGAAUUGAUUAACCAAAGACCAACACUGGGUCACACCCAAACAACCAGGAAACCAAAUACUCGUUACCGUGAAGGCUAUCAUUAUCAACCAGUUGCGUCAACGUCCCGCCAGAGCCCCACAUUCGUCUUAGGCGAUGACAUUGGGGCCGGUCCAUCCACAUCCCGAUCCAAUGAUAAUUCUAGUGCGUGAUAGUUUUUAUUCCUCAUAAUAAUGUAAUAAAUUUAAAAUACAAUACAAAAAGUAAUUAAAGCAAGAAAAAACUACUAAAAAAUUUGCAAAACAAAAACAAAGAGAGGUGUACACAAUAAGCCAUUGUCAUUGAAUGAAAAUUCAAAAAAAAAAAAGAAAACAUUAAUACUUGAUAGCGAGAGAGAGCGAGAGCGAGAGUACGUCAAAGAUUCAAAAUUAAAAAAAAAAAAACAUGUAUAUCUGCGGGUAUGAAAAAAAUUAAUCAGCUGAAUUUUGAUUCGGCAACGAAUACUGAAGAAAAAUCUAUUAUAAUAAAGAAAACUUAAACAAAAUGCAUUUGGUAAUUGUAACGAAUUGUUUAUAGGUAAACAAAAAAAAAUUAUAAUUAAUUACAA